UCCAACUGACAUAUAACGACACUUUGCACACUGUGCACCCAGUGCUGAAAAGCGGUGAGAAGGAAGAGCGACAGGAAGAGGCAGCAGAAAAGAUUGUAGAAAAUUGUAUUCAACUGCAUUUAACCAUGGUUUCGCGAUUCGACCAACAGAAGACCAAGCACCAGCUCUUCCAUGUGUCCCUCAGCCUGGCCACCAUUUUGAUAUGCAUGACGUAUAUGCAGUAUCGUCGGAACUGGGCUCAUCUCGGCAGCUUCUGGGAUUCGCUGGUAGUCCCAAUUGUAUUUAUCGGCGAGCUCCUGAAAGUAGUUCUGGCGCGCUUCUACGGACGAAUUGAGGAUGGUGUUCUGACCGUGAAACAGCGGCAAAAGAAGGCCACAUACUUCACACCGCGGGAGCUGCUCGGGGGCCUUACUCUGCAGUUCCUGUGCACGCUGCUGUAUGCUUUUAUCUGCAUCAUCCUGGGAGCACCGGUGCUGGGAAACUACGAACAGACCUUCGUGCUGGCUCUAUUGAUGACACUGCUCACAGUGUCGCCCACAGUCUUCCUCUUGGGAGGCGGUGGAGCCCUACAAGUUUGCUUCUGCGAGAAACCGGACUUUGUGACCAAGUGCGAGGACACGGCGCUGAAUCUGUUCAAGUACAAUGCGCUGGGCGGAAUUCUAGGGGCCUGGGCCGGUAGUGUGGUGGCGCCGCUGGAUUGGGGCCGUGACUGGCAGGCCUACCCGAUACCAAACGUAAUCGGAGCUCUUUUGGGUAGCGCCCUCGGCAACAUCUACGCCUGCACACAUGUUCUUUAUGCUACGGCCCGGGUGUACAUGACCAAGAAACGCUCCUAAGUCGAACAAUAAAUGCUACUGUCCUGCCACCAAGAUUGUUACUUUGCGCUGCCACUGAUAUCCACAAAAGACAAACCCGCACUGAGCCACGUCAUCUAAUCCAUCUCGUCUAGUCAGCAGCUUAGGAACUACCAAAAAGCAAUUACCAUACUUUAAUGUUGUAUAUUUAAGCCUUUCCUUAGAAUCUAAUGUUAAUGAAUUCUUUUUUAAAUCAAUCAACUAAUAAACUUACAAAUUAUGAAUUUAAUCACAA